GGGCAGCGGCGCCCGCUGAGGGAAGGGCGCGUGCGGGGCUCGCAGGUGCCGGGCCGCCCGCUGGGCCUGGGGCCUUGGUGACUCCAGUGUCCAGCUGCGAACCGAGAUCGGGUUCACGCACGCCGGAAGUGGGUUUUAAUGUUUUAAGAGUCAGUUUUGACCCGUGCUUCCAAGAUUUACAUCUGGGGUUGUUUGACUCAAAACUCAUGUCGCUUGACGCACGUACACCGCACUGACGGGUUUAGAGGAGGGGAGAUCACAGCUGUCCUGACUGUGUCAUUAGAGGUCUCCUAUACCUGGGGACCGGGCAGGGCUCCUAAGAACGCCUGAGACUGCAGCUGGAUCAGGACAACAGGGAGCCCAGUAUAACUAGCAGCUGCAGCCCGUGGGAGGGUGAAGAUGACAGAGGAGAACCCUCUCCAGGCAAAUGAAUCCUCACCCUAAGCACGGGUAAUGCCAGAGAAAUUUGAAGCCAGUGGUAACUCUGAGACCAUCUCAACCGUGACUGAUCCAAUACCCCACACAAAGGCCCAGCAUAAGCAGUGACAUUACAGAUGGUGUCCGAGGCAGAGCACCGGCCCCUGGGUAUGUUUGAAUGUGAGCUCUGUGCCUUGACAGCUCCGUACAGCUACGUGGGGCAGAAGCCCCCCAACACCCAGUCAGUGGUCCUCCUGGAGGAAAGCUACGUCAUGAAGGAUCCCUUCACCUCGGACAAGGACAGGUUCCUGGUCCUCGGCUCGCGCUGCAGUUUGUGCAGCAGGCUGGUGUGCGUGGGCCAGGAGUGCAGCUUGUUCUACUCCAAGAGAUUUUGCCUCCCUUGCGUCCAGAAGAACAUCAGUGCUUUUCCUCAGGAAAUUCGGCAAGACUUGGAGAAAAGGAAAGCUCCGUCAAAGAGGCCUUCCAGCCAGCCCAGUGCUCAGCCAUGAGCGAGGCCAGUGCCAGGGCAGCAGGCAGCAGCCUGCUCAGAGCCCCUGGGCCAGCCUGGGUCAUUGGAAGCAGCAUCUGUGGCCCAAGGGAGCUG